AUGGUACAGAACAGUGUUGACAUUGAUCAGCGUUCAUGGUCCAGCUCUGUAUUUGUCAAGGGAUUUGAUAUUGAAAAGGGUGGAGAAAAGGGUGACUUGAUUUACGCAAGUGCUAGAGGCAGCGGGCCGUGGCUUUCUCCCUGUCCGUCUCCGUACGUGGAACUUCCUCGCCCUUACAACUUGGCAGUGCCCGUGCCGAUUUCUCUGGAGGCUGUCUUCUUGAUUGAUUUUGAAGAUGUGAUUGCUGAGCCAGAGGGAACACACAGCUUUGAUGGGAUUUGGAAGGCCAGUUUUACCACCUUCACUGUAACGAAAUACUGGUUUUAUCGUUUACUGUCAGCAAUCUUUGGCAUUCCUAUGGCUCUCAUCUGGGGCAUCUACUUUGCCAUUUUGUCGUUCCUGCACAUCUGGGCAGUGGUGCCGUGCAUAAGGAGCUACCUGAUUGAGAUCCAGUGCAUUAGCCGCGUCUAUUCGAUCUGCAUCCACACGUUCUGCGACCCACUGUUUGAGGCCAUAGGCAAAAUGUUCAGCAGCAUCCGAGCCACAGUACGGAAAGAGAUUUGA